GGGUGGGGGGGGACAGCCUUCCUCCUCCGGGAUCCCCCUCCCUCCUCGCUGAUCACCCUCUUUCUGGACUUAUGGAGGAGUUGGUAGGGGCUGAUCAUGCCUAGGAAGGGGAAUGGGCAGCUACCUUUACCGGAUGGCUGGGAAGAAGCGAGAGACUACGACGGCAAAGUGUUUUAUAUCGAUCACAAUACCAGGCAGACCAGCUGGAUUGACCCGCGGGACAGGUUAACUAAGCCCUUAUCGUUUGCUGACUGCGUCGGGAAUGAGCUGCCUUGGGGAUGGGAAACUUCCUAUGAUCCACAAAUUGGAGUCUACUUUAUCAAUCAUAUUAAUCAAUCCACACAGAUAGAAGAUCCACGUACGCUAUGGAGAAAUGAACAGGAGCGGAUGUUGAAGGACUAUCUUAUGGUGGCACAAGAUGCCCUAAGCACUCAGAAAGAGCUUUAUCAUGUGAAGGAACAAAGGUUGGCACUUGCCCUGGAUGAAUACGUGAGGCUAAAUGAUGCCUACAAAGAAAAGUCUAGCUCACGUACAAGCUUAUUUUCAGGUUCAUCCUCAAGUACCAAGUAUGACCCUGAUAUCCUUAAGGCAGAGAUCUCCACAACAAAAGUCAGGGUUAAAAAGUUGAAGAGGGAGCUGUCACAAAUGAAGCAGGAACUACUGUACAAGGAGCAGGGGUUCCAGACAUUGCAGCGCAUUGACCAAAAAAUGUCGGGAGCCCAGAGCGGCUAUGAGCUGAAAGAAGCCAAGGAUAUCCUCUCUGAGCUGAAGAGCAUAAGGAAGGCCAUUAGCACUGGAGAGAAGGAGAAGCAGGACCUGAUGCAGAGUCUUGCGAAGCUCAAGGAAAGAUUUCAUCUAGAGCAAGGCAGAGGAAGAUCAGAGCCAGACUUGACGUCCAGCCUCAUAAACUCUCAUUUGUCUCUGUCCAGACAGACACUGGACGCUGGUUCACAGACUGAUAUUUCUGGUGAUAUUGGAAUGAGGAGCAGAUCGACUCUUGCAGAAAAGGUCAGGCUGAGCCUGCAGUAUGAAGAGGCGAAGAGAAGUAUGGCCAACUUGAAGAUAGAACUAGCAAAGCUGGACAGUGAGGCUUGGCCUGGGGCCCUGGAUGUGGAGAAAGAGAAGCUUCUGCUGAUUAAUGAAAAGGAGGAACUACUGAAGGAGCUACAGUUUGUAACUACACGGAAACGCACUCAGGAUGAGAUUGAACGGCUGGAAGCUGAGAGGAGGAGGCUGGAAGAGGACCUCUUAUCUGUCAAAAGCACUCCCAGCCAAGCACUUGCCGAGAGGUUAAAGGUUCAAGAAAAAAAGAAAGAGUUGGUGAAAAAGCUGGAAGAGACUACAAAACUUGCCACGUACCUGCAUUCAGAGCUGAAAAGCCUCUCUGCCAGCACAUUGUCGGUUUCAUCAGGCAGCAGCCUUGGCUCUUUAGCAUCCAGUCGAGGAUCUUUAAACACCUCUAGCCGAGGCUCUCUGAAUUCUCUGAGCUCUACUGACCUCUAUUAUAACCAAGGUGACCUUGCUGCAGACUUGGACUAUCAGUAUAAGCUGGACUUCAUGCUGCAGGAGAAGAGCAGUUACAUUCCAUCUGGGCCAAUUACUACAAUCCACGAAAACGAGGUUGUCCACUGCCACGGCAGCUCCGACUAUAGCAAUCUAACCACUGCUCAAGAAGACCCGCAAGAAUCUAAACCUCCCAAGUCUGUGACCUCACUCUCUUCCCUGUCAUCACUUUCAUCCCUGUCCCCACCAGGCUCUCCCCCAGUAUUGGAAGGAGUCUUCUCCUUGCCUACUCAGGACUCCAUUGGUACAGAUUUUGAAAGCUGUGAGCUACCUGGGAUAUUCUCUGAAAUGAGCAUCUGUGAAAAUCAGCAUUUGUUGGACUCUGUUACAGAGCUAUCACCACCCCUACCUGAGGAAAAGAGUAUAAGACAUCGGGAGAAUACUGUAUUACAUGAAGAAAGUAGAGAUGUAAGUUUUCCAAGAAAGUCAGCGGGCGACAUGCAGGAAGAGAAGGCAGCUUGUGUUUCUGCGGCAGUGUCUGAUGAGUCUGUGGCUGGAGACAGCGGUGUAUAUGAGGCAUGUGCAAAACUGCCUUGUGAAGAUGUGGCAUUUAAUGAAGAAUGCCCAAUGCUUGGGGCAGCUCAAGUUCAGUUGAUUCUGAGAUAUGAUUCAGGAAAUGCCAGCUUCGUGAUCAUAAUUGGAGAGGCAAGAUACCAUCCCUCACGGGUCCAAUAUGAUUCCAGGGUAUAUAUCCGGGUUGCCAUUCUUCCGUCUUCAGGUGACAUGAGUUGCCUCUUUCGGACCAAAGUAUAUCCUGCAGCAGAGACAGUGGUGUUUAAUGAGCUCUUCAGAGCAUCUAUUUCACAGAGUGCUUUGCAGCAGAAGACUCUGAGAAUGGACGUGUGUUCAGCUGGAAGGACCCAUCGAGAAGAGUGCCUGGCUGGUAUCCAGAUCAGUUUAACAGACUUGUCUUUCACAAAUGAAGCAUUUACACGAUGGCACACCUUGAUGCCCUGCCGAAACAUACCCCAUCAAAAGGAGCUCAAUGAAAAGUCAGUAUUAGAGGGCAGUGAGACGCAGGCUGCUGCAUUGAAUAUGGAUGCUGUGUCAGCAUUGCUUGUGAGGACAUCUGCGGAGCUGGAAGCGGUGAAGCGUGAAUUGGCCCAGGUAGAAGCAGAUGAGGAGGAUCAGGAGCAGACAUGUUUGGGGGAGGAAUGGAUUGAACUACAGGGAGAAGAGGCUCUUGAUGAAACUGGGCCCACAGAACAUAUGGAUGAGUAUUACUCUUCCUCAUUGCAAUUACCUACUGACCCAGAAGAGCCACAGACCGAAACGUAUGAUGAAACAAACAGCUGGGAUCCUACCUCUACUCCACUUCCUGCUGCUGAACUGCCAACACUGGUCGACAAAGAGACAAAUACGGAAGAAACAGUUCAUGAAAAUAUUUCAGUGCGGCCAAAGGACAGAAGUAGUCUUAGUGGAAGACAGCGACCAUUUGUUAGAAACAGCAUGAUCGUACGGUCACAGACGUUCUCCCCAGGAGAGAAGAACCAGUACAUUUGUAGGUUAAAUCGAAGUGACAGUGACAGCUCAACUCUUGCUAAGAAGUCUCCUUUUGUAAGGAAUGCAACAGAACGGCGCAGUCUGAGAGUAAAAAGGCCUGUAUGUCAGGCAAUGACACGAAGAGCAAUGCAUGAAUGUCGCGAAAGGACUUCUCUAGACUUGGAGCUGGAUCUGCAAGCAUCAAGGACUAGACAGAGCCGACUUAAUGAUGAGCUACAGUCCCUAAGAGACCUAAAGCAAAGAUUAGAGGAGAUGAAAGCCAUUGGGGAGACUGAACUACCACCAUAUGUCCUGGAGGAUGAACGCUUCCAGAAGCUGCUAAAACUAGCAGAAAAGAAGGCUGAACAAUCAAAGGAGGAACAAAAGCAAGGACUGAGCGCUGAAAAAUUAAUGAGAAAAGCCUCCAAGGACGUGUGCAGGCUGCGGGAACAGAGCCAGAAAGUGCCUCUACAAGUACAAUCUUUCAGGGAGAAGAUUGCUUAUUUCACCAGAGCCAAGAUCAGCAUCCCAUCUCUCUCUGCUGAUGAUGUAUAA